AUGGCAAUCGCCCGGCGGUCUCCCAAAGAUCCGUCGCCCGCCGAGAUCGACGAACACCGCGCAGCGGGGCAUGUUACGCACCGUUCCUGGUGCAUACACUGCUGCAGGGCCCGUGCUGGGGCCCCACGACAUGCGACCGGCGAGGCUGCGGACCACGACGCUGGUAGGUUGCCCUACGUUUCACUAGACUACUUUUACCUGAACUCUGGCCAAGAAAAGAGUUUUAAGGAAGUUUGUUUGAAAAGCGACAACGAGAACCCCAUCGUGGCGCUGAAGAAGAAGGUGAAAGAAGAGAUGAGUUUGAAGGUGCACCUCGUUGAGGUGCCGGUGGAAGACCACCAAGCAAAUGGAUACAUUGAGGUGGGCGUGCGUGAGAUGAAGCGGCAGGUCCGGGCGAUUCUCUCGGACUUGCAAGAGCGGCUUGGUUUCGAUAUCGAGCCGGCCCAUCCAUGCAUGAUGUGGCUUCCGCGCCACGCUGCCUACCUGCUUUCUCGGUUCCGCGUGGGAGCGGACGGCCGGACGCCUUACGAGAGGACGUUCGGAAGGAAGUGGAAGACUCCACUUGUGAGCUUCGGCGAGCACGUGCUCUUUAGGCCGAGGCAGCCGCGAGACGGCAGGAAACACGACCUAGAGCCCAGAGUUAGCAUGGGCAUGUUCGUGGGGGUUGGCGCCAACAACGACGUGUUCAUCAUGACAGAACGGGGUGUUGUGAAGGGCGCCUCGAUCAUGCGCCGGCCUCCUGCGGACCAGUACAAGUACGAGAACUGGCGUGCGCCGCAGGAGGAAGUGGUUCCGAGGAACCUGUACGUUCUAAAGAGCGACCUGGAGAGGCACGGCUACACGCCGCUGUGCCCGGGCUGUGAAGCCCUGAUCUGCGAUAUGCGGAACUUCAGAAGACUGAAGACGGAAAGGCGCGCAUUGAUGCGGCCAGGGCCCGGCUUGACGCCGGGAGGAGGCCCAAGAACCAAGGAGGGGCUCCAGCAGCUGCGGCCGCGGCCAACGCACCUGUGUUGGUCGGCGCGCCGGAGCCAGACGCCGAAAUGGCUGCGGGAGAAGCAGCAGGAACGCGAGGACGUUCGAGAUGGAAGCCCCAGGAAGAAGAGGAAGGAAGGAAAGAAGAAAGGAGAGAAGAGAGACGCCGACGAGGACGUCGAAGUGCUGCACGAAAAGAUGCAGCAAGCAGAUGGAGGAGGAGAAGAAGCAACAGUGAUGGGGCCACUCCCUUCUGCUGGGAGUAGAGAUCCCCAACAAGAGCGGGUGCCAGAGCCAUCGGCCGAUUCGGCUGGAGGAUCUGGCGCUAUGGCUCUGAACCAGUUCACCGAGUGCCUCUGCGCUGUCUUGAGGGACGCGCGCGCCAAGGGCACCGUGAAGGAAGUUUUCUCCGUGCCGCGGGUUGCGGCACAGGCACAAGUGAAGGCCAUGAGGCCUGGUUUCUCUGUGGACCUCGAGGCUACUCGUGGGGACGGCGAAGCCUGGGACCUCAGCAAGGACUCCCACGUGAACGAGCUGUUCGAGCUUUUGGAGCGUGAGGAGCCCAAGUUUCUUGGGGGCUCGCCACCACGUGGCCCGCUCUCAAGUUUACAGCAGGUGGUGGAUGCAUCUGCGAAGGUCGCGCCUUCCGCUAGGCGCGAGGCUGUGGAACGAGACCAGAAGCAUCUGAGGACCACCGUCCGUGCUUACUGGACGCAAGUGAACGCAGGAAGGUACUUUCUGCACGAGCACCCUUCGGGAGCAAGAAGCUGGGAGGAGCCAGAGGUUAAGGAACUCAAGGCGGACCCCCGCGUCUUUGAAGUUCGAGGUCCCACCUGUCGGUGGAGUCUGAGUGGAAGCUCUAAAGCGACUGUGAACAAGGAGACGCGGUGGCUCACGAACUCGAGUACCGUCGCCGACGUGCUGCGCAGAGCGAGCGCGGCAUCAAAGGGCAAGCUUUGGCACCGGGAGGCCGAGAUCGUCAAGGGACGGGUCAAGGCCACCCAGGAAUAUCCCGCAAAGCUUGUGCAGGGUAUCUUGGAGGCGUUUCGCGCCCAACUUAUCGAGGACGGCGAGUUUUCUCAAGCUCUCAACAUGAUGGAGGCAGGUCCUGUACCGGACUCUGCUCCUGUCAUUGACGAGGAGGAAGAGGUCUUCAACCACCUUCCGGAGGCGAGCGAUCCUAUCGAGGGACCUGUCUACGACUCCAACACUGGAGCAGAGUUGGACCUCGAGAAGGUUGCAGCCGCUCGCAAGGAAGAACUAGAGUGGGUUCGAAAGCAAGACCUCUACGAGAAAGUUCCGGAGGAGCAAGCAAAGGCUGCAGGAAAGAUGCCCAUAACGAUGAAAUGGGUAGAUCGCAAUAAAGGGGAUAACGAACGGCCCAACUACCGAUCACGACUUGUCUGUCGUGAGGUAAAGCGUGCCAAGAACGCGGAAUUCAUUCCCGAGUUCGCUUCCUUUAGCGCGAUGCCGCCCCUCGAGGCGGUAAAACUGCUCCUGUCACUCAUGGUGACACUGAAGGUCGCCAAGAAGAGCCGAUCACCUCUGAAGCUUCGGCUCAUCGACAUAUCCCGGGCUCACUUCUAUGGGAAGGCCCAGAGGGAUGUCUUUGUGACGUUACCUGAGGGUGACCGUACACCAGGGAUGGUUGGCAAGCUUCGCAAGUCCAUGUAUGGGACGCGGGAUGCAGCUGCCAUAUGGCAGGCUGAUUACACCGCGGCCCUUUUGGCUGCUGGGUUCGAAAGAUGCCCAGCAUGGCCUGCCAUCUUCUUCCACAAGGAUCGAGAGAUUCGUCUCCUGGUCCACGGUGACGAUUUCCUCAUUUUGAGUGACGACGCCGGACAAGCCUAUGUGGAGCAGAUCCUGAGAUCCAAGUACGACCUUAGGGUUGAUGGAAGCAUCGGGCAAGGGGAAAAGAGGCAGGAGUUUUGUGUACUGAACCGUCUCGUACGUUUCGACGAGAGGUCAGGCACUAUCUCCUACGAGCCUGACCCCAGGCACGCUGAAAUCAUUCUGAAAGACUUGGAAAUGGAAACCUGCAAGCCGGUAAAGAGCCCAAACGAAAAGCUUAAGGCAGAAGACGUUGCAAAGCGUCUGGAGAUGCCUACGGUUGCGCCGGACCGCAUUAGCAAGUACCGCUCCUUGGUCAUGCGUGCGGCCUUUUUGGCGCAAGACAGGCCAGAUCUGUCUGAAACCGUCAAGUGCCUUGCACGGAAGAUGCAAGGGCCUACGGAGGCUGACUUCGGAGACCUCAAAAGGGUGGCUCGGUAUCUGAAAGGUACAAUGCGGCUGGUGCAAAGGUUCACGCCACAGAGGUUCAGCGAGGUAGUCACAGUCCAUGCGGACAGUGACUUCGCGGGAUGCCUUCAGACGCGCAAAAGCACCACCGGACUCGUGUGCUACUACGGCAAGCACGAGGUGAGACACUCGAGCAACCUUCAAAGCACGGUGUCACUAUCCUCGGGAGAAGCCGAGUACUACGCUCUGGUGAAGGGAGUGGCCAGCGGGAUGGCUACUCAAGAGCUAUUGCGUGGAUGGGGCUUGGACGUGAAGCUGCAGGUUCACACUGACAGCGCUGCUGCGCUGGGUACCUGCAACAGACUCGGGUUGGGUAAGUCCCGACACGUGCAGACACGUUACCUGUGGAUCCAAGAGAAGCUCGCAAACAAGCAGUUCGAGCUGUUCAAGAUCGACACCAAGCUGAACACGGCUGACCUGCUUACUAAGUCGCUAGCCGUGGAAAGUGCUGAGCAGCACCUGAAACGCAUGGGCUUCGAAGUGGUCUCUGGUAGAAACGGUUUAGCGAAAGCAGUUGUAUAG